AUGGGAGACGGCUCUCUAGAAGGCAAAGUCAUUGCCGUAACAGGCGGCUGCUCCGGGAUUGGUCUCGCCAUCGUCACCAAACUCGUCUCCUUGAAGGCCAAAGUCGCCGUCGCAGACAUCGGCCCCUUACCCACAGAACUAACUUCCACCCCCAGUCUCAUAUACACGAAAGUAGACGUCACAUCGCGCGAGCAGAUCAAGGCCUGGAUAGCUGAGCUAGUCGCCAAGUUCGGCCGCCUGGACGGCAUGUGCGCCAACGCUGGCAUCACACCGUGGGAAGGCGGCGAGGGCACCACCUCUGAAGCGCUGUACGAGAAGAUAUUUGCUGUGUGUACGCUUGGAGUAUGGAACUGUGGGACGGAGGCAUAUUUCCAAUUCGAGAAACAGGGUGGCGGUGGGGUCAUUGUGAAUACGGCGAGCGCGGCGGGGGUGUCGGGAUUCCCGGGUAUGCCUGUGUAUUGUGGGGCGAAGCAUGCGGUCGUGGGGUUUACGAGAUCUUGGGCGACAACAUGGGGUGGGAAGGGGAUUAGGGUGAAUGCUGUUGCGCCUGGUAAGCUGAGUGUCGAGUUGAGCCUGUUUAAGGACCAUACGGCACUUGAGCCCUUCCCAGCUGCGGUACCCCUUGGGAGGAUAGGUCAGCCAGGAGAAAUUGCUGAUAGUGUGGUCUUUCUGCUCGGAGAUACGUCGAGUUUCAUGACGGGUCAGGUGUUGAGCGUCAAUGGAGGGCAUGGGGUGUGA